AUGGGAGCUUAUCUUGACAAACCGGUAACGGAAAAAGAAUCCGAGAGCGGUCAUGGCAAUGGUUUGACGUACGGAGCCACGUGCAUGCAAGGAUGGCGGGUGAAACAGGAGGAUGCACAUAAUUGCAUACUGGGCUUAAAUGAUGAAUGGAGUAUGUUCGCCGUGUACGAUGGCCAUGGAGGCGAUGAAGUGUCCAAGUACACAGCGAUGAAGCUUCCAGAUUUUCUCAAAGAGAGGGAAUUCUGGGCUAAAGAUGACCUUGUAACCACCUUGCAAGAGAUAUUUGUUGACUUUGAUGAUAUUUUGAGAUCAGAAGAGGUCAUGAAGGAGUUAAAACGAAUGGCGAAAGAGAGCGAAGAUGCGCCGGAUCGUGAUGAUGAUGGUGAUAAUAGUGAAGACGAAUGCGAUCGAAUCCAAACAAUUGAAGAAAGUUCUAUGCCAUUAGAGGAAAUUCUAACUAGGUAG